AUGUGGCCCAACAGCAGUUCCAGUUCCUUCCUUUUGACUGGUUUUCCAGGCUUGGAGGCAGUUCACCACUGGAUUUCCACACCCUUCUUUUUCAUCUACGUCUCUAUCCUUUUAGGCAACAGCACUCUCCUUCUUCUCAUUAAGGAAGAUCACAAUCUUCAUGAGCCCAUGUACUACUUCCUGGCCAUGCUGGCAGCCACAGACCUAGGGCUGACCUUGACCACAAUGCCUACAGUGUUGGGAGUCCUCUGGUUGGAUCACAGGGAGAUUGGAAAAGUAGCCUGUUUUUCUCAAGCCUACUUUAUACACUCACUUGCCUUUGUAGAAUCUGGUGUUUUGCUUGCUAUGGCCUAUGAUCGUUUUAUUGCCAUUUGCAACCCCCUUAGAUAUAGCUCUAUACUCACUAAUAAUCAAGUGCUGAAAAUUGGGCUAGGAGUUCUGAUGAGGGGGUUUAUAUCUGUUGUUCCUCCAAUCUUACCCCUUUACUUUUUUCCCUAUUGCCAUUCCCACAUCCUCUCACAUGCAUUCUGCCUUCACCAGGACGUCAUCAAACUGGCCUGUGCUGAUACCACCUUCAAUCGCCUAUAUCCAGUUGUGCUUGUAGUCUUGAUAUUUGUGCUGGAUUCUCUGAUUAUCCUCAUCUCCUAUGUGUUGAUACUCAAGAGAGUCCUGAGUAUUGCCUCCAAAGAAGAGAGGGCCAAGACCCUCAACACCUGUGUCUCCCAUAUCUGCUGUGUCCUGGUUUUCUAUGUCACAGUGAUUGGACUGUCUCUGAUUCAUCGGUUUGGAAAGCAGGUUCCACAUAUUGUUCACCUUACUAUGAGCUACAUAUAUUUUAUUUUCCCUCCAUUAAUGAAUCCUAUAAUCUAUAGUGUCAAGACCAAGCAGAUCCAGAUUGGCAUUUUUCGCCUUUUCACUACCCAUAGAAUCAAAGUAUGA